CGGAUGUUCAAACUUUUGUGAUAUGCCAAAGUUUAAAAGUUAAAUAAAAGGACACGUUUAUUUAUCACCCGUGGAUGUCGCGUGAAGUGUUUAUAAGCAUACCUUCGUCUUUUUCUUUACUUUUCGUCGUCUGAAGUCGGGCCGUUGCCAUGGAGGACGUCACGCGCCUGGUCUCAUCAGGUGACUGCCUGAAGAUUUGGGAUUCAGCCUCCAUGACGGUGAUGGAGCAGUUCAACCCUCACAGUGCAACACAUCCUGUGGCUCAAGUGUGCUGGAGCAGCAGCAAUCAGUACCUGGUCAGUGCCAGCAGUAUUGGGGACAAGCUGGUGGUAUCCAGUCUCAAGUCCUCACCGGUUCCAGUGAUGGAGCUUGGUGAAGGGAAAAAGCAAACACGCGUCAGUCUGAACUCCACGUCGCAGUUCUUAGUUAGUGGAGGUCUGGAUAACACUGUUAAUAUCUGGGAUCUAAAGACAAAAAGGUUACACCGUAGCCUUAAGGACCAUAAGGAGGAAGUUACAUGUGUGUCUUUUAAUGGAGGAGAUAGCUACAUAGCAUCAGGCUCCACCAGUGGAGAUAUCAUCCUCCAUAGCAUAACCACAAAUCUGUCGAGCAAACCCUUCGGUCAUGGACCAAAUGUCCCCAUCCAUGAUUUGAGAUAUUCACUGGUGAAGAGGUCUCUGCUAGGCACUGUGUCCGACAGUGGCUCUGUUGCAUUGUGGGAUGCUAACACUCAGAAGGAGCUGCAUUUGUUUGAUGGGGCACACAAAGCCCCUUGUUCAGGGUUGGCUUUCUCUCCGGCCAAUGAUUUGCUUUUCAUCACUGUGGGGCUGGAUAAGAAGAUCGUCUGCUAUGACACUUCCAGCAAAAUGGUCUUUCGUAAUAAGCAGGUAGAGUCUCCACUCACAGCCAUUGACUUUACACCAGACGGGGCUGGACUUGUCGUGGGAUCCACUCAGGGAAGAAUCUCUCUGUAUGACUUGCGAAACCUCAGCGCGCCGGUCAAAAUCACUACAGCUCACAAGACAUCCGUAACCUCUAUUCGCUUCCAAAACUCCACUUCUAAAAUAAAGUCCACUAAAACAUCAUCCAACAAAUCCCAGUCAAAUAAGAGGAUCUCUGCAAAACUGGGUGGUCAGCAGACAGGACCGUCCACUCCGACAUCUACAGUUCCACCUCCUUCUGAAUUUCCUGGAGAAAGAGGAGAUGGCCAAGCCCAAAUCACAGGAACUGCUGAUGAUGUCUUCUCCCAACACAGUCAAAAUCAGCCUCCAAGCCUGGAGAAGUUUAGCGGCAUUGGCCGAAACAGCCUGAAUUUGGAUAUUUUCUCCCCUCUUAAUGAUGGUUUUAAGUCGCACGGUUUUGGUGAUACUCCAACGUCAAGAAAUGGGGGAAGUAUAGAUGUGUUCUCAAGGGAGGGAGAAGGUCAACACAGUACAGACAGGUUCAGGGUUGGUCGAAACAGCUUGGAUAUCUUCUCACCUGUUCGAGAUGAUUACAAAAGCCACAGACUAAGUGAUGCAUCAGUUGGAAAGAAAGACUUCGACUACCUACCUCAUUUUCCUGGCGGGUCAUCGCAGCGUAAGACCCCAUUGGGCACUCCAGGCAAUCGCUGCUACAGUCCAUCUGUGGUGCAGACUCCUCCGCCAAUCAAAGAAGAGGAAUCUCUUACCACACCACCCCAACAGACAGAUAUACAGAACGGCUCGAAGGUGGAGCAAAUGAAUGCCCUCCGCCAUGAAUAUGAUGUCGUAACGUCACCGCCUGCCGCCCAGAGCACACGUGUUCAGUCGGUGCAUCCAUACAACACACCUGAGCCCAGUAAGAAAGAUCUGCCCACCCAGCUCACCUAUGAUUCACCGGUCGGCCAACCCCAUCCUGUCACCUUACCUGCUCCAGCAGCAGCAGGUGUUGCCUCUGAGAGCAAUGGAGCUCCACUCACCUCGGUUCAAAUGAAAUUCGUUCAUAAUAUGAUCCAUGAGGCACUAGAAGACUUUAGGGACACGUGCCAUAGAGAUAUUAUCAAUCUACAGGUGGAGAUGGUGCGGCAGUUUUAUAUUCAGCUGAACGAAAUCCACGGUCUAAUCGAGAAGUACUCCGUGAACGACUCACUCGUCGAGGAGAUAGAAAGACUGAGAGAGGAAAACAAACGACUACGGGCCAAUUAUUAAGACUGUCAUGGAUACGCAUUUCCCACUGCAUUAUGAAUCCUGUGAUCAUCCAGGGAUAUUGACUGAAGUCAGAGACGAUAAAGCAGUGGCUCUGAUGUUUUUCCAGUGCCUUAAAUCUGCUCCAGACCACAGCUCACAGACUGCCUUUGUAUUUGUCACAUCCAUCACAUCGUUUUGUAUUUGUUUUUCUCAGUGUGUAAGUUUUUCAUGCCUUACAAAUCAAACAGCAAGUUAAAGAACACACUUUGUUUUUUCUCCAAGGUGUGUGUUUUGUAUAAUUAUAUGCUGACUAGUUUAUAGGAACAUGUACAUAUUGGCACUUAAAACAUGAAUGUGGUAUAGUGACAAAUCAUCUCAAUGUAGACUUUGUCACGUAUGGAGUGCUUUGAGUCUAGGUUAUUUUUGAAAUCCACAUGCCAAAAAUAAAUGGACAUUAAUGAUGUGUAGGAGUAUGUGUGGUAUUAGAGAGAUUUCAGCAUGAAAUGUGUAUUUAAAUGAUAGUGCUUCAUAAAUAAUACAUAAGAUCUAUGUUCAAUAAAUUUCCUAUAAUCUUGACUGAGCAUUUGGCAUCCAAAAUGCGAAAAACUAACAACCAUUAUAUUGUAUACUGUGCUUCUAAUCUGCUUUUCUAGAGAAGUCUUCCAAUGGACGGGGCUUAAAUAAAUUAUUACCGCAUUUCACACACAGCCGUGUUUUUUCUUUUGCAGACUACCAUGACUAAAAACAUGCCUGUAGUUUUUGUUGGGUAUAUUACUGAUCAUACACUAUAUUAAUAAUACACAAGGUUAUGAUGCCACCCAGUUAAACUUUAGUUUUCUCAACCAAUUUGUGGAUUUCUUAGUUGACUUUCAUUUCCUCAGUUAACUUUCGUUUCAUAAUUAAAAGAGCCCAGGUGCGAUCCUGCGACUAUGCCACGAUUGUUAUGAAAAAACAAGGCCAAGACAACUGAUAAACAAGAGUAACGUUACGUCAUUUUAGAUUUGAUGAGGAGUCGAGCAGCAUUUCACUACAUUUAAAAUAAGUUAGUCAAUGCCAAUUAAAAUAUAUACAGAGAACGUCAUUUUAGAUUUGAGGAGACGUCCAGCUGUACUUCGCUACAUUAACAAUAAGGUAGCUGUGCUAGGUAGGCCAAGAGAACCAAUAAGCAGAAUACGUAAUUUUAGAUAUGAGAAAGGAUUCAGAUGCACUCGAACAAAUAAGUUAACUGUGGCAAAGAAAAUAAAUUAAAAAAAGUUAACUGUGGCAGGCCGAGAC